UAGAAAUAGUAAGAAAAUUGAAGCACUUGUGUUUAGGACAAGAGAAGAGGCUUUUAUUCCAAAGAAGAUGUGGCUGAUCAUGAAGGUUUUCCUCUUGCAAAUUUUAGCAUUUCUACUUUUUGGUGGUGGCAUCCAUUGCCAAGCUUCAACUCGUCGGCUUACUUUUGUGGUGAAGGAAGCUUCAUAUACAAGGCUUUGUAGCACCAAGAACAUCUUAACAGUAAAUGGACAAUUUCCAGGACCAACUAUAUAUGCUAAGAAAGGAGAGACGAUCAUUGUUGACGUUUAUAACAGGGGAAAAGAAAAUAUCACCAUUCACUGGCAUGGGGUGAACAUGCCUAGAUAUCCAUGGACAGAUGGUCCCGAGUAUAUCACACAAUGCCCAAUUCAACCAGGGUCAAAGUUUAGCCAAAAGAUCAUCCUUUCCUCCGAGGAAGGCACUCUAUGGUGGCAUGCUCACAGUGAUUGGACCCGAGCCACCGUUCAUGGAGCUAUAAUCGUUUAUCCUAAGAAUGGAACCAAGUAUCCUUUUCCCAAACCUAAUGCAGAAAUUCCCAUCAUAUUAGGACAAUGGUGGAAGAGUGAUGUGAAUGCGGUUCGAGAUGAAGCGCUUGCAACUGGAGCUGACCCCAAUGCCUCUGAUUCUUUAUUGAUAAAUGGACAACCUGGUGAUCUUUUUCCAUGCUCAAAAUCAGGCACAUUCAAGCUAACGGUGGAUCAUGGAAAGACCUAUCUACUUCGCAUAAUCAAUGCUGCCUUGCACGAGGCUCUCUUCUUCUCCAUUGCCAAGCAUAAAAUGACAGUGGUUGGAACAGAUGGUAGCUACACAAAACCAUUGACACGAGAUUAUAUCACAAUAUAUCCUGGCCAAACCUACGAUGUCUUACUAGAAGCUAACCAACACCCGGAUCACUAUUACAUGGCAGCUAAAACUUAUUCCAUUGCCCCGGCAGCUCGUAAUUUUUUUGACAACACAACCACCACAGCUAUUGUACAGUACAAGGGAUACUACACUCCAUCUUCACCUCUCUCCUUGCCUUAUUUGCCUACAUACAAUGACACAAAUGCAUCGGUUCAGGUCAUGGCUGGCCUCCGAAGCUUAGCAGAUGCGGAACAUCCUUGCAAUGUCCCAUUGAGCCCGAGCACUAAACUGAUUUACACUGUUGGUAUGAACUCGUACCUAUGCCCCAAUAAUUCAUGUGCAGGGCCCAAUGGGACGCGGUUCUCUGCAAGUAUAAACAACAUAAGCUUCCAAUUCCCUACAAUUGACAUACUACAAGCUUACUAUUAUAACAUUAGUGGUGUAUAUGGAGAUAAAUUUCCUAGUGUUCCAGAACUGGUGUUCGAUUUUACCACUGAUAUUAUUCCCUUAGAGUAUCAGACGCCGAAAAACGGAACAGAAGUAAGGGUGCUUGAGUAUAACUCCACAGUGGAGAUUGUUUUUCAAGGGACAAACUUGAUUGCGGGGACACACCACCCCAUGCAUCUCCAUGGAUACAGUUUCUAUGUUGUUGGAUGGGGAUUUGGGAAUUUCGAUAAAAAUAAGGACCCAUUGCGCUACAAUCUGGUGGAUCCUUCCCUUCAGAGUACCAUCUCUGUUCCUACGAAAGGUUGGGCUGCAAUCAGAUUCGAGGCAUCCAACCCUGGAGUGUGGUUCAUGCACUGCCAUGUAGAACGCCAUCAAACUUGGGGCAUGGAAACUGUGUUCAUAGUGAAAAAUGGUAAACACUCGGAAGCUCAAAUGCUACCUCCGCCAUCCGACAUGCCACCAUGUUGAAGCUGCGAAGAAUUAACAUGCCAAAGAUUUCAUUGAUUGUUUUCAUUAUUCAAAUUUCAUUAUUUAUUUUUUGUUCAAAAAAAUUGUAGAAUAUUGUAAAGUUGUAGAAUACUGUGUUUGGAUUAUUAUAUAAUUUGUCAAUUUCUUGGAUU